AUGGCACAAAACACAUCGUUCAACCUGUCCGGACUGCCUUUUGAGAUCCGCGCUCUCAUUUGGGAGGCUACUUUACCCCCUGCACGAAUCUUUCACGUCAAGGACACGACAAUGGCCGGUAGGAAUAGGAUCUUCACCUUCCACCGAAGGAAUCCCCCGCCAAUUGCACUCCACAUAUGCGCCGAGUCCCGGGCCGCCGCUCUCCGGAAUGGAGGCUUCUUUCUUGCCCCAGAUCCCGGCACGGGGCCUUGGUUCAAUCCAAAGAGGGAUAUUCUGUAUUUUGAUCGCAAUCAGCGACACAUGCUUCGCUCCAAGGAUGGGCAUACAUGGAUCAGCGGCUGGGAACAAGUCUUACAUGUGGGAUUGGAAUGGCGAGCUUGGCUCCGAGAUGUGCCCCGACAGACAGCUCCUGGUGAUGAAGAUAUUCGGCGGCAUUGGCGAAACGUCGUCAGAGGUCUUUACUUUCAUAUGCCUGCGCUGGAGGGCAUUCACUAUGUGCUCCCGCGCGUUCGUCACAAGGGAGGCGUGACCUGGGGCCGCGAACCAUACAAAUCCGAGCAGUAUGAGACCCAGCUGGUACAUUUACCAGGGGGAACGGAGAUUCCGUGGGCAGGUGCGGGUAUGGGAAUUCGAAAUGCGAUUCAUAACGGUGCAGCUGCGGGAAAUGCAGCCCCAGGAGUAUUGGUCAUACCCGGAGCCACGGAAGGGAGCAGGACAACGUUAACUAUGACGACGUGGGGGGAUAUUAAAGCUGAUAUGGAGAGGGCAUUGGAGGAGGAGUUGAAGGGAGAUGAGGACGAGCAAGUGGUAGUGCUGGACUGGACCUUGGCAAAUGAAGACAAUGAGGAGGAGGACAACAGGAAAUGUGUUUUUCCGGGAAAUCAGCUGCCAGAAGUCGUGGGAUGGUGGCUUCUGAGACAAGAUGCGCCACGUGAAACUCACCCCAGCAUUAGAGAGUUCUUUUUGUAG